CUGAACGCAGCAUUAGCGCCCCCUACGGAUUAGCAGAUCUCCAACCAUCUGGGUGGGUUUGAACUGCCUAGACAUAAACGAAACCUCCAUAUUACUUUAACGGUGUACACUGAUUAAGUCACUUAUGUUAACCACUGUAACCAGAUGAUAGGUUAGCUAGCUAGCUAGCAGAAUAACAGCGUGACAUAAUUUUGGAUCGUGUCCUACCUGGGAAAUAGCGGCCUAAACAAGUCAGCGCUUCCCAGCCCAUGCAGUAGGCGCUAUUAUAUUACUAUGAUACCCUCCCAUAUGCAACUAAGACUGCACUGACUUAGCCGUUUUUUUCGAAGGGGUUAUCAAGACGUCUCUGGAUUCAUCGUACCCUGAUUUUGAGUCAAACAAAGAGUUAUGUCCUGCCCAUGCACAUCGGCUGCCAGGUUGUUUCUAAAUACUGCCCACAGAGGAUUGUCCUGCUCCCGGAUUCAGUUAUUUUCUCUGAGUCGUCAGGGGUCUCGUGAAACUCAUUUACUUCCCUGGGUACGGGUCAGGUCCUUUUCAGAGACUGCUGUCUGCUAUGCCUCUAAAGAUGGAAUAACAAAGGACUCCGGAGGUGAUGGUGGAAAGAAAAGCAUCAGCGAGGGGAAGAGGCUCUCUGGCUCUGGAGGAACAGGCAAGGGUGGAGGUCAGCUCCGCUGCCCUAAAUGUGGAGAUCCUUGCACACAUGUGGAGACCUUUGUAUCAUCAACACGAUUUGUCAAAUGUGAGAAAUGCCAUCACUUUUUUGUGGUUCUGUCUGAAACGGACUCUAACAAGGGGCUAAACAAAGAGCCGGAAUCUGCUGCGGAGGCAGUUAAACUGGCAUUUGCACAGAAACCUCCCCCUCCCCCCAAGAAGAUAUAUGCUUAUCUUGACAAGUACGUUGUCGGCCAGACCUAUGCAAAAAAGGUGUUAGCAGUUGCAGUAUAUAAUCACUACAAGCGCAUCUACAACAACAUCCCCGCUGGGAGCCGACAGCAAGUUGAAGUGGAGAAACAGCCCUCUCUAACACCUCGUGAGCUGCUGCAGAUCGCAGGGAUCAGUCCUCAUGGAAACGCUCUGGGAGCGUCCAUGCAGCAGCAGGUGAGUCAGCAGGUGCCUCAGGAGAGGAGGGGCGGCGAGGUCCUGGACUCCACACACAGUGACAUUAAACUGGAGAAGAGCAACAUCGUACUUCUAGGUCCAACUGGCUCAGGAAAAACACUGUUGGCACAGACACUGGCUCGUUGUCUGGAUGUUCCCUUUGCAAUUUGCGAUUGCACCACAUUAACUCAAGCUGGGUAUGUGGGAGAAGACAUCGAGUCCGUUAUUGCCAAACUGCUCCAAGAUGCCAACUACUCAGUGGAGAAAGCACAGCAAGGUAUUGUGUUUCUGGAUGAGGUUGAUAAGAUUGGUAGUGUGCCUGGAAUCCAUCAGCUGAGAGAUGUGGGUGGAGAAGGAGUCCAGCAGGGUUUACUGAAACUCUUGGAGGGCACAAUUGUCAAUGUGCCUGAGAAAAACUCUAGGAAACUGAGGGGAGAGACGGUGCAGGUAGAUACAACAAACAUCUUGUUUGUUGCAUCUGGUGCCUUCAAUGGACUUGAUAGAAUCAUUAGUAGAAGAAAGAAUGAAAAGUAUUUGGGUUUUGGAACUCCCUCCAACUUGGGGAAAGGGCGCCGUGCGGCAGCUGCAGCAGACUUGGCCAACACCAGCGGUGAGACGGACACAGUGGCUGAGAUCGAGGAGAAGGACAGGCUGCUGAAGCACGUGGAGGCCAGGGACCUGAUCGAGUUUGGAAUGAUCCCAGAGUUUGUCGGCCGUCUUCCUGUGGUCGUUCCUCUGCACAGCCUGGAUGAAGAAACGCUAGUCCGAAUCUUGACUGAGCCACGCAACGCUGUGGUGCCCCAGUACCAGGCUCUGUUCAGCAUGGAUAAAUGUGAACUCAGUAUGACUCCAGAUGCCCUGAGGGCCAUAGCCAGAUUGGCUCUGGAGAGAAAAACUGGAGCUCGUGGGCUCAGAUCCAUCAUGGAAAAGCUUCUUCUUGAGCCCAUGUUUGAAGUGCCACACUCUGACAUCAUGGCAGUUGAGCUGGACAAAGAUGUUGUCCAAGGGAAAUCACAACCCAGAUAUAUCAGAGCUCCAGCCAAGGAGUCGACAGAAGAGGAAUACGACUCGGGCAUUGAGGAGGAGAGCUGGCCUCGGCAGGCGGACGCUGCUAACAACUGAAUCACACAUCACGUUUCACCUAGUGCUGUCUGAAAACAUUAGAUCACUAUGAACCUUUGAAUACCAGCUCUGGGCUUUCUUAUAGCCCCUGACAAACAAGCUGUGGGCAUUUUAAUAGAGGUACUGAAGGCCGCUGGUCCUCACUGGAGAAGGUUUUCAUGAUGAACAAGUUAAGAGAGUGUAAUAACCUUUGGUCCUCUGCAUCAAUGUUAAUUCUUUAGUGGUGCAUUCACAGGGUGGACCUUUAUGAAAUAAUUCAAUCUGGGGAUUGUUAACUUUUUAUCUAUAUAAAGAUAAUGCAGUUUUAUUCACGAAAGGAUGUGUAGCUAGUUUUUCUUUUUUUGUGGUGAUGAUGGCGAGUUACGCAAAUGGAAGUGUUGGGAUCAUACAGUACACUUGGGAUGCUGAGAAAGUGUAGAUGUGAUGUUACCAUGUCAAGUAAUGCCUUGUAUCAUAAGGGCAUAAUAUUCCAUACACACAUCAAUAUUUUGAUGUUUUCUUCUUUACCACCAUUGUAAUAAUGGUGCUCACAGUGAAAACAGGCUGUAAAUGUUGAGCUACACUGUAUAGGUAGCAUUUGUUAGCAGUUUGUAUGACAUGACCUUGAAUUAGAAGAACAUAUUGUGAAGUGUAAUCCACCAGCACACUUAAAAAAAUAAUGGUGACCUUUUAAACAGCCGCAAUGGUUAUUUUUCAGUGCUUUGCUUUCUCUCCUCACCCACUUUUUAGGGAAUGUAUGUUUACUUAGACCUCUGUAUCAGAGCUGUUUGAUAAAGCAGGAUUAGCAGCUUUGCUAACUUCAAAGUGUUAAUGAACUGUCAUCGGAAGCUGUUUUGUUGUAGCUAUAAUUCAGUAAAUCAUAUUUCUGAGCUAGAUAUUGAAGAUUUAUUGUUUAGAUUCCAAUCUUUAUUAGACAGAACAUUGUUGUCACAGUUAGUUGGCUGUCGCUCUCUAAACCUGCUUUGACAAACGGCCCUCAGAGCAGUGGGAACUUACCUUUAGUGAUGCAACAUCCCUUUACUAAAUGGUAUCCUUCCUCACAUGUCUGUACUUAAAUCUCUACCCAAAUGCUCUCUGACUGAACUGCGCUGCUGUCCUCUUUAUUAUGCUGUUAUGCUAUAAAAAGAGAUUAAACUAGAUCUGUUCUC